CACUGGGAGUGACGAGAUAUGCUGUGUCUUUUAUGACCAGCCAAUUUGCCUUACGGCACUAAAGCGUUGUUCUCUGUUUUGCUUCCUUCUUAUAAUGGAGGACAGUAGUUGAGCUGAAUACGACGUAGCUUUUUUUUAGCUAAAUCCCACCACACAGAAAGCAAGCCUAUGCCUAGCCCUUUGCACAACAUUCAGGAGGGGAGCAAGUACUAAGGAGAACUGCGGCAUAGACGGAUGUCUGUGGCUGCACCGGAGCAUGCGCCAGAAAAGCUCAAGCUGACCAUCCCUGCAUGCAACGAUGAAGCUACGUCUCUGCCAACUAUCACGGUCCAAGCUGCCUCGCCGCGCAGGGCUAGCAUAGCGACGUUAUCCUUCUCAACGGAACGGCCAGAGAUGGGUCAGAGACGCGCGUCGGAUUAUCUAAGAGGGCCCCAUCAUCAAGCUGCGUCAGCGAAACGACCAGGGAUGUUGGAACCUGGGAAGAGACCGAGCUUGCCACGGAUGAAAUCUGCAUUACGCGCGCCAGAGACGCCUUUCAGAGAGUUGACAACUAUCUUUGUAUGCUACAAAGCCGUCUUGCUUCUGCUGGCCCUGUGUGCGUCCUGGACGGGGGAGUAUGACAGCUCCUCUACACUGGUGAGCUAUAGCACAAGACUGAUGCACUGGGACUCGGUCUACUUUCAGCACAUUGCGAGACAUGGCUACGUGUAUGAACAAGAGCAUGCCUUUGGACCUCUCCUACCGCUCCUUCUGCGGUUUAUCCAUCCAAUGGUCCUAGGAUGUGCUUGCCACUACAUCGCCAUCAUUGCGCUAUAUCGCGCCUCACUUAAUGCAACCAGCUCAGAGCGCAUCUCCAAGGUUGCUGCCAUCCUACACAUCAUCAGCCCUGCUGGUAUCUUUCUCUGCGUCGGCUACACGGAACCGUUGUUUUGUGCGUUGACCUUUUCAGGUGUUGCGCUCCUUCACAAGUACCCCAAAGUCGCAGCAUCUCUGUUUGGCUUGUCCGGCUUGACGCGUGCAACAGGUAUCAUCAAUGCUUUCUACUUCUUCCCAAAGCGGCCGGAUCCAACACGCCUUGUGAAUGCUGGUCUAGCAGGCGCCGUCAUCUGUGGUCCUUGGUUCCUCACACAAGCGGUCGCUUAUAUGCAUUACUGUCCCGGUCGACCCUGGUGUGAUCGUUUCCCACCGAUCGUCUAUUCCUUUGUGCAGGAUCACUACUGGCAUGUUGGCUUCGGUCGUUACUUCACCCUCAAUAACCUCCCGCUCUUCCUCCUCUCAGCACCCAGCUACCUCUUAUGUCUCGUCUCACUCGAUGUGUCGCUAUCGGGCAUCCAACAGGGGCUCUUGACAUUUUUGACUUUCACCACAGCACAUGCUCAAAUCAUUACACGCAUGAUGGCUGCAUUUCCCGGUGUCUACUGGUUUUUAGCGCGUCGUGUUGUACAGGAAAAUGAGAGUCAAGGUUGGCGAUGGGCAAUACAUGGCUGGAUCCUGUAUGGGCUUUGUCAAGCUGUGCUAUUUGGUGCACACUUGCCGCCUGCGUGAAAGAAACAUGAUUGAGUGGAUAGAAGGACGAAGCAGCAUGAUUAUAUGACAAGAAAACGCCUAUAGACUGGGUAGAAGCGACCAGAAUGGAGGACACAGCUCCAAUCAGACAUUGCAGCAUCCUCGCAUCGCAUACCCUCGAAAAUUGACGAGUCAACGGCGUCCUGCGUUUUGGUCAGGGGUGCCUCGCAUAGGGUCGCAUUGACCAUGUGAAGACAAGUCAUCAGAGUCAAUUCAGAGGCCCUGCGAGACAG